AUGUUCAAACCUACUGCUCGGUUAUCUGGAGGUCUCCUCUGGAAAAUCCCAUGGCGCCUCUCCUCAAAUCAAAAACUCCGCCAACGGCAACGUCUCCGGCGCGUCGACAACAUCGUCAGCAUUCUUGAUGCCGCUCUCCAACGACAAGGUCUCUCCGCCAGCGUCGCCAGCCGCAACCUUCCAACAACCUCCGCCAGCGAAGAUCCCAUCUCCACACAACCUUCCAACACGAAUCUCUCCUCUAGCACUGGCCCAGAUCUUAUCACUGCCUCUGCCGCCUCCCAACCCUCCGUCCAAAGUAAAUCCGCCGACCUCUCAUCCCAGCGCCACGGCCGCGGUCCUCGCGCGGGAGAAAUGCUCCCCGUGCACGAUGCGCAGGGCGUGACCAAGCCCUCUUCAACGGUGAAAUUAUCUGCCGUGGCGCAGGCAAGCUCGACGAUCAAAUUGAUUACGCGAUGGAAGGCGGAGAUGCCGUCAGAGGCGGAGAUGUUGCCGCGGGACAAAUAUUCGAUUUUCGACAAGAAAGUUCGAGGGUUCCGGAAGGGAGUGCAUAAGUUGCCCAAGUGGACGAGGGUCAGCCAGAGGGUGAACCCGCCAGGUUUCUAA